GAAUAAUCGGGGAAAAAAGUGCUAAAAUGAAGGACGCGAACAGGACUCCACAUCCAAACGACGAGAGAAGUUCAGCGAACAACUGCAAUGGUCAAAUACGACAGUUUUAUGCUGGCAAGCAUGUAUUACUUACAGGAUGCACCGGUUUUCUGGGCAUCGUUGCUGUGGAGAAAAUCUUACGCACGUGUAAAGAAAUUAGCAAACUUUACAUCAUGAUUAGGCAAAAGAAAGGUAUAUCGGUAGAAGAACGGCUAAACCAUUUCCUUAAAAAUGACAUAUUUGAUAAAUUGCGCGAAAUGAACCCUAAUUUUAUGGAAAAGAUCGAGGUGAUUUACGGCGACUUGGAGAAAGAGGACUUAGGCUUCUCACCAGAAGAUCGUCGUCGUCUCGUAGAGAACGUGAAUGUAAUAAUUCAUAACGCAUCGAUGGUGUAUUUUGUGGCGAAAGUGUCUCGCAUUUUACGAACAAACGUGAUUGCCACGCAAAAGCUGCUCGAACUAGCGAGAGAAUGCCGUCAUUUAAUGGCAUUCGUUUAUGUUUCGACUGCUUAUUCUCAUCAUUACAAUCAAACGAUCGAGGAGAAAUUUUACCCGCCACCGGCCGAUUUGAAGCUGAUCAAGGAUUUGAUACGUGCUGACGAAGAGAACGCAGCUGGAGUUACCAAGGAAGUGGUUCAAAGCAUGGUAGACAAGUGGAUCAACAUUUACAGCUUUAGUAAAGCUACCGCUGAAGAAUUGGUUCGCGAUUUUGCUAGAAAAACCUCGUUACCCUGUAUCGUCUAUCGGCCUUCAAUAGUUAUAUCGACAUACAAGGAACCAAUUCCAUGGAUUGGAAACAAAAAUGGUCCAGUAGUAUUGAUAUCAGCAGGCAUGAAUGGUUACUUACAUGUGUUGUAUUGGUAUGAGCACGUUACUAUUGACAUGAUUCCGGUUGACAUGACAAUUAAUGGCCUUUUGGCAGCGAUUUGGGACUUUGUCGUGAAUAGGAAAUCGAAUGAACCACAAGUAUACAAUUAUGGAAGUUCCGAUUGGAAUCCACUUAAAGUCUUUGAAGGAUGUGCACAGGGUAUAGAAAUUCUACGUAAGAAUCCUUCGGUUAAAGCGGUUUGGUACCCGUUUUUCAUUUGUUCUAACAACAUUCUCGUUUUCCUUCUGCUUCAUACACUUUGUCAUGUUUUACCAAGCUUAUUUAUCGACUUAUUCCGUUUACUACGGGGAAAGAAACCAGUACUUGUAAGAAUAUUGUUCAGCGUAACAAAAAAUUAUAGAUUACUGUCGUAUUUCGCACGCUCCGAGUGGAUUAUCAAGGCGGAUAAACUCAAAGAAAUUCAAACUAGAAUGAACAAAGUCGAUUUGGAAGAGUUUCCUUGUGAUUUAGGAUCAGUGGACUGGUAUAAAGGUAUAGAAAGAUUUUUAAUGGCUUUACGAAAACUGCAGAAUGAACCACCGUACGCGAGUAUCGAGGCAAAGCGGAAGAAUCGAAAUUUGAUGAUAUUACAUUACACCGUUUGCGGUUUAUUUGCACUUUUUUCAUUGUACAUUUUUUAUACCAUAACGAGCAGUUUUAUUUCGUUCCUAUCAGCAUAAUUAGUACAACGCAGACUUUGUUAUUCCGAUACCGAAUAU